AUGACACCAUACGAGGCAUUGUAUGGUCAGAGAUGUAGGACUCCUUUAUGUUGGCAACAAGAUGGGGAGUCAGUCGUACUUGGACCAGAAUUCUUACAGCAAACCAUUGAGAAGGUGAAGAUGAUACAGGAUCGGAUGCGUGCAACUCAUAGUCGGCAGAAAUCCUAUGCAGAUAAGAGGAGGAGGUCGCUAGAGUUUGAGGCAGGUGACCACGUAUUCCGCAGGGUUACACCUACAACAGGAAUUGGGAGAGCUCUCAAGUCGAGGAAGUUGACUCCUAGGUUCAUCGGGCCGUACCAGAUCAUGAGGAGGAUUGGACCAGCGCCGUACGAGAUUGCUUUGCCACCUCAUCUGGCAAACCUGCACAAUGUCUUCCACGUAUCACAGUUGAGGAAGUACGUUAUAGAUCCUACCCAUUUACUGGAGCAGGAUGAUGUCCAAGUGCGCGAGGAUCUGACCAUUGGAGUUGGACCGGUGAGAAUCCUGAAUUCUCAAGUCAAACAACUCAAAGGGAAGGAGAUUCGAACUGUGAAGGUCCUCUGGGACGAGGCAACCCAGGAGAUGACGUGGGAGAUGGAGGAUCUCAUGAGGAAUUCUUAUCCUCACAUGUUUCCUAGUAAGUCCUAUUUUCGAGGACGAAAAUUUUUAAGGUAG